AGAAAAAGAAGAGCACCGUGAAGAGUUUAAAUGACGACCGCCAUCGCAACCACCUUCUCCUCCGUCCCACCUACCACCUCCUCUUCACCAUCUCCGACACUCAAAACCCUAGGUUUCACCACAACCUUUCUCUCAUCCAAAACCUCCUUCAAAUCACUCCACGCUUGCGUAUUUCCAUCCAACAUGACCUCUGUCUCCGUUAUGGGAGCUCGUAUGGUUGCAUCUCCGACGAUCACCAAGUCGCCGGUGUCUCUCGAUUUCGAAACCUCUGUUUUCAAAAAGGAGAAAGUCAACCUUGCCGGUCACGAAGAGGAGCCGAAGAGGAUUAACAAGAUUGCUUGCAUCAGAAAAACCUACAUAGCUGGUGCUUCAGGGGAUUUUUGGUAAUUUAGAUAAUUUUAUGAAUUCAAGGGCACAUUAUUGAUUUAUUUUUCUUGAUUA